AUGGGAUUGUUCAAACGCAGCAAAGACAAGGAGCGCAAAGAGUCGGAAUUCUUCACCACCCUCGAGACCGGCCUCCGCUACAUCUGUGACGCUUGGGAAGCCGACGUGUUCCGCUCACGCGACGAAUGGGUGGCCCGCGCAGACAACCGCGGCGUGCUCACCCACGAGCUCGCCCAGUGGAUGGAGGACGAAGUCGUUGGCGACGGCGGUGUCAUUUCCGAGCUCGAGACAUACGAAGACAACCUCACCGUGGAGAUUGGCGAGACUGUGCAAGACUUUGAUCCUCAACUGCACGACGCGCUCGACGUCAUGGAUGACGAGCAGGGCACAAUCCUUGCCCUCGUUCGCCCAGCCCUGGACUUUACCGACAAGCUGUGCCGGGCACGCGAUGUUGGCUCUCCCGAUGCGGUCAACACGUUGCUUGCGCACGCCGAGGCCCAGAGCCAGGACAAGAUCAACGACUCGUUCUAA